AUCUCUGGAAACCUCAAAAAGCGAGAAAAGCCGACUAAACCCGUUCCUUUGGGGACACUUCUAACAUCGCCCUCAUCCUGCGUCUCCUAUUAACUUCUCAAAUAAAGAGGCCGGAUCGGAUUUACCGUACUAACUAGAAAGUCCAGUUCGACCGUCCGAGAUGACACAAGAACAUGACAACAAGAGGGCGGUGCUGGUGCUGCAGAAUGACCCUACGUACAGCCAGAGGCGCCCCUUCACCAGCGAGGACGAGGCCUGGAAGUCCUUCCUGGAGAACCCCCUGACUGCUGCCACCAAGGCUAUGAUGAGCAUCAACGGGGACGAGGACAGCGCGGCGGCUCUCGGGCUGCUCUACGACUACUACAAGGUGCCUCGAGAAAAGAGAACGAUUUCACCAGCCAAGCAAGAUGUCAUUGCAGCCGACACUGAUCCCAACAAAAGGAACCUGAUGGCUCCCUUGCAAGAGCCCGUGAUGCCAAUGGCCGAGAACAGGGUGCAGGUCCUCAAGACAGUGCCCUUCAACAUUGUUCUCCCUGGAAACCAGCUGGGCCAUGACAAAAGAGGCCAGUUCUCCACACCGGAUACCACAGUGACCGUGUCCAUCGCCACCGUCCCCAACUACCCCGUGAAGACCGAGGUGCCCUCCCACGGUUUCUCCGUGGGCCUCCCGCAGGCCAACCACUGCGCCGAGCCGGACAGCCGCAUAGUAGUCUUCGACCGCCAGCUCAACCCGGACCAGUUCAGCCCCAACACCCAGUCCCGGACCCCAGACUCCACUUUCACCGAGACCUUCAAGGAUAACCCCCAAGAGGUGUUUGCUUUCCCAGGGGACCUGCAGCUAAGGAUGGCGUCCAUUUCUCCGGAGGACUACGCGUUUGAUGCAGUUUCAGGGAAUAAUUUCGAGUACACCCUGGAGGCUUCGAAGUCUCUCCGCCAGAAGCCCGGGGACGGCACCAUGACCUACCUGAACAAGGGCCAGUUCUACCCCGUCACGCUGAGAGAGAUCGGAAAUGGCAAAGUGCUGCACCACCCCAUCAGCAAAGUGCGGAGCGUGGUGAUGGUUGUCUUCGGGGAGGAGAAGUGCAGGGACGAUCAGCUCAAGCACUGGAAGUACUGGCACUCCCGGCAGCACACGGCGAAACAGCGCUGCAUCGACAUCGCCGAUUACAAAGAAAGCUUCAACACUAUCAGCAACAUUGAGGAGAUCGCGUACAACGCUAUAUCCUUCACCUGGGACAUCAAUGACGAAGCAAAGAUCUUCAUCUCCGUGAACUGCCUCAGCACAGACUUCUCCUCCCAGAAGGGAGUGAAGGGGCUGCCCCUCAACCUGCAGAUCGACACCUACAGCUACAACAACCGCAGCAACAAGCCCAUCCACCGCGCCUACUGCCAGAUCAAGGUCUUCUGUGACAAGGGCGCCGAGCGCAAGAUCCGCGACGAGGAGAGGAAGCAGUCCCGCAGGAAAGGGAAGUGCCAGGACAUGACCUCCAACAUCCCUGGCUUCACCGAUGUCAAGGUGCCAGUGCUGCCUAAACGCACCGACAUCACGACGUUCAAGGCGCUGGUCGAAUACGAGACUCAGCCUGUCCUCUUCAUUCCCGACAUCCACUUCGCCAACCUCCAGCGUCAUCCAUUUUCUGCCGAGGAUGGGGAUGAAGGAGCCGGCAUGAAGAGGUUACCUUACUCCUCAGAAGAUGAAUUUGGCUCACCACCCAGCAAACUGGCCAGGAUGGAUGAACCCAAAAAAGUGCUGCUGUAUGUGCGGAGGGAAGCUGAGGAGGUCUUUGAUGCCCUGAUGCUCAAGACUCCUUCUCUGAAUGGACUCAUGGAAGCAAUUUCAGAUAAAUAUGAUUUGCCAGCUGAAAAAGUGGGGAAAAUCUACAAGAAGUGCAAAAAAGGGAUCCUGGUUAAUAUGGAUGACAAUAUUAUAAAGCAUUACUCCAACGAAGACACCUUCCAGAUUCAGAUUGAUGAAAUUGGGGGAAUGUAUAAGCUCACGCUAACAGAAAUAUGAGCCGGGUCAGUGAUUCUGAACGGGACCUUUUAUGAAGAACUGCACAGCAGCAACACAUUGAAAGGAAGUGACUUGUCAGAUCCCGGGAGCUGUCAGCUGCAGCAGUGUGCCCAGUGGAUACGGGUUUACAAAUGUUUGUUUUUUUUAUGCGCAUACUGGGACCAAAUUUUGGAUCUGUAUACUCACACUUUAUUCUGUCUCUCGAAGGACACUGCCGUUACCUAACAGGCAGAAAACGGGCAUUUCCUUUUUUUGUGAAGGAAUCUUCUUUCUUUUUUGUCUCGUAGUUACUGGCGGUGUCGCACUAGCGUGAGGACAGCUACUGUUUGUUCCUUGUCAUGCGGGAUUGGUUCUGUUCACAGAGGGCUGUCUGUAUGUGCGAGAGGGCAGCUAGCAGUUAAGACCCUGCAUGGCAGGAAAGGCAAACAUCCAAAUCAAUGACAGGCACAACUGUUUGCAGGUAGCCAUGUUUCAACACUGUUUCAAAAGUGGCAGAGCCCGAUUUUCCAGUGCGGAUCUUUCUCAUUACAACACAACGUUACAAUACAACGUCAAAUAUGAUUUGUUCUGUAAAGAUUGCCAAAUCGUCCACUAAGAUACUAAUGUUUCUGAUGGUAAGGUAACCUAGACUCAGUUAACAUAACCCCCCUUCUUGUGAGCUUUAGUAUUCAUCAGUAUUUAAAAGCAUAUACUAUUUGCCUAGAGGUUUUCUUGAAGGGGCCAAUUUUUAUCUGGGAUAUAGGCAAGGUACCCAGAAAAGGACAGAAGAUGCAUGUAUUGAAAUUCAUUGAAAGUAUGAACAAGCAUUCGUCUGCGUAACAAUAUAGCAAGUACACCUUUUUUGUUUCAAAGUAUUAACUCCAAACUUCCAAGCCAAGUGGAUCUCAGACUAGAGAUUAAUGUAAUGUAAAGGUAUACAUUCAUUAGUAUUCAUUCAUUCAUUCAUUGGAGAUUAGUCAAGGUGACAGGUUUUUCUUCUUCAUUACUAUAUUGUCACUGAUGGAUGUCUGUAAACAGUGAACUGAUGACUCAGAUAUCCAGGUUUAUAUGUAUAGUAAGUGCAAUAAAUAUUAUAUAUAAUAUAUACAAAUUAUUUUUAUUGUUUUUAAAUUGUAUCUCUUUCUAAGGAAUGGGUUAAGCCCAAUGAAUUUUACAGAUAUUUACAAGCCAGCCAAGUCUUGUAUUUUGGAUAUCGUGGGCCUAAAAUUAGGUUACACCUGUUGUGUAAGAAGUACUUAUCAGUUACAUGUAUAUAUUUGUUAGGAAUUUAAAAACCGGGAAUGGGUUUUGUUACAUGGUUCUUACUCUUAUUAGUAGUAUUAUUACUAUUGUUAUUUUUGGCUAUGACUUUUUUUUUAUUUACACAUGUAAAUGUUUAUAACACGGGAGCAUUUUUUAUCAAGGGAAUAUUUCUCUUUUUACAUUUUUUUUUUUACGUGUAUGUAUUAGUUCUUCUGCUUUGUCAAAUAAACGAGGUGCGAUAGCACUGGGGGCUGCAGUCUGGUCGUU